CAGCUGAUGAUCAUUGUCGACGAUGUUGGUGGUCUCGUCCCCAAGAUAAGCCACUCGCCGUGGGAUGGCGUCACACUAGCGGAUUUCGUGUUCCCCUUCUUCCUCUUUGCUGUCGGGGUCUCGUUAGCCUUCGCCUACAAAAGGCGGUCGGAUAGAGUGUCGGCGACCAAGAAGGCUGUUCUCCGGGCCACAAAGCUGUUUCUUACAGGCCUCCUUCUUCAAGGUGGCUUCUUGCACAACAUACAUGAUCUCACCUACGGGGUUGACAUUAGCAAGAUACGUUUGAUGGGUGUCUUACAGAGGAUUGCGGUCUCAUACCUAGUGGUGGCGCUAUGCGAAAUCUGGCUAAGGGGUGGCGACGAAGGAGGCAUAGGCUCUGGCUACACAAUAAUCAGAAAAUACCGCCUCCAGAUGUUUGCCGGUAUUUUCCUCAUGGCCACAUACACAAUGAUUUUGUAUGGUUUGCACGUGCCAGACUGGGAGUAUGACACCACAUCACCGGAUUCAACCACAAAGCAUUUUGUGGUGGCAUGCGAUGUGAGAGGGCAUACAGGGCCAGGUUGCAACGCCGUUGGCAUGAUUGAUCGAAGUGUCCUUGGAAUCCAGCAUCUUUAUACACGUCCGGUCUAUCUCAAAACAGAGUGGUGUAGCAUCGACUCCCCCGGCAAUGGACCGCUCCCGUCCGACGCGCCAGCAUGGUGCGAAGCCCCCUUUGAUCCCGAGGGCCUCCUAAGCUCCUUGAUGGCAAUCGUGACGUGCUUGAUCGGGCUCCAGUUCGGGCAUGUCAUCGUCCACUUUAAAGGACACGAUGAGAGAAUGGUGCGUUGGUCCAUUCCGGCAUUGAGCCUACUAGCUCUGGGCUUCACACUCAACUUGUUCGGGAUGCAUAUGAACAAGUCACUAUACAACCUUAGCUACACUUAUGUCACCGGAGGCGCAGCUGGUCUUUUCUUCGCAGGGAUCUAUUUAUUGGUGGACGUCUACGGUUACAAGAGGCCGAUUCUCCCAAUGGAGUGGAUGGGAAAGCAUGCCCUAAUGAUUUUUGUUCUAGUAGCAUGCAAUGUCGCGCCAAUCCUGCUCCAGGGUUUGUACUGGAGAGUACCAAAUAAUAGCCUUUUGAAACUCAUCGGAGCAGGUGGCUAAUCUUCGGGUUGUUGGUUAGUUCACUCAUGGUUGGAGGAAGUGCGGUAUCAACUAUCAAGUCGCAAAGCGAGAGCCUAUUUUACUCAAACUCAAUGAAAUUGCAUAGAUCCCAAAAGAAAUUUAUGUUUGGUAGUGAAGUUAACCUUGAGCUCUCAUCGUCGGGCUUCGUCCCUGUUGACAGCAUACAUCCAAAUAGUGCCAGUUGCCAACUUAGUACAAUUGAGUGUAUGUGUAUUUUCUUGUGAUAGGUUUUUUUGGAAAUAAAAGGUUUUAAAGAUUCUUCACCAUGUAUCUAGAUGUUGCAACUACAAGGGGUACGGCUAUCGGCCUUUGCAUCAUAGAUAUACACGAAAAAAAACUACAAAGACAUAAACAAAAAUAAACCCGCAUAUUGCUGUCAUAGAGACAAUACAA